UAAUGGUACCGAAACACACGCUGAACAAGCUUACACCGCUCGGUGCUUCACGAGUCGCAUUUCACACAAGACGCGCAUAAAACCCGCAUGCUAAACUCCGAAGUUCUUGCGAUCAGCGAUGGAAAACGUCGUGCGCCGUAUGUACUUAUGUACGCACAUAUAGAUCAGCAGAGCCUUAUUCGUUCCGAGCGUUUAGGCGGAGCUUAGAGUGGCGCUGCACCAUCACCAUUUACACUGCAAUCUUAUAGAAAUUAGAAAACGGGACGUGUCCCGUCAAAAAAUGCCAGCUGUUCGAACUAAAUUUUUUCUUAUGAGAAUUAACAUGAGAAAGCGCCACGCUGUGCUACGCUCUGGGCCAAUACACAGUCACACGUUCUUACAGUCGUGCAUUAUAAUUUACAGUGAAUUAUUUAUUUAAUGUGGACAUAUCCUUGUCGCUGAAAAGUGUUGCUAUACAUUCGCCAUUUGAACUAGUCGCUUCUCACGAGCAGAAAAAAAGCAGCUCAUACGCCUCAGUGCCAUUGUUGGGAAAACUACUGUUCAAAUUAUUAUAUUGUUGGUGUUUUUUUAUUUAAUUAUAUUAAUCAAUUAAAGUGUUUUCAAUCAAAUAAUAAGUGUGUAAAAGUUAUCAGUGUGUAUAAAAUGGCAUCAGACAAACGAAUAGAGGCAUCUACCACAGUUACUUCAGACAAAUGCAUUUACACGUGGACGAUCAAGAACUAUAGCUUGAUAAAAUUUAAAGUAGGAGAAAUACUAGAAUCUCCAAAAUUUGGCGUUGGAAGUGAUGAUAAAAAAUACUUCAAUUUGCAAUUAUUUCCUGGAGGCGAAACAGAAGAAAAUGCUGAAUACAUUUCUUUAUAUCUUAAACCUGUAAUUAAUUCAACGAAGAAACCGGAUAAGCUCGUAUGUAAAUGGACAUUAUCAUCUAUUAAUGAUAAAAAAGUUGUUCAUAAAAAUAUGUGGCAUAACGAUUUUGCGACCCAUGACUUCGAAGGCCUAGGUUGCCCAAAAUAUCAUGAAUUAUCAAAAAUUGACCAACUGAUUUCUUCCAAGAAUACUGUAACUUUUCAAUGUGAAUUAGAAGUUCUCAAUAAAAUUCAAACAUCAUUGAAUUCAGAUAUCAUAUGUAGGAAAGAUGAAACAAUUGAUUCAAUUUUUACAAUAAAAUUCAAUUUUUUUUUUCUUAGUAAAGAACUGAGUGAUGUUAAAUUGAUAGUUGAAGAAAAGGAAAUACCAGCGCACAAAUUUGUUCUAGCAGCGGUUAGCCCAGUAUUUAGAGAUAUGAUGGAAAACACUGAAAACUCUGUGAAUAUAACCGACAUUACUAAGGAUAUUUUAACAGAAAUGCUGAGGUACAUCUACACUGGAGAGAUUGCUGCUAUCAAAACAGAUGAAAUAAUUGAAUUACUAGCAGUGUCUGACAAAUAUCAAAUUGACAGUUUGAAAUUCAAGUGUGGUAAAAUAUUAAGUGCUAACUUGUCCUCUGAAAAUGCAGUUGACAUCCUAAUAGCAGCACAUAAAUACAAAGUAAAGCAUUUGGAAGAUGAAGUAAUAAAGUUUGUCGCAGUUCACACUGAAUUACUCUCUAAUUCAAAAAAGAUAAAAGAAAGAGACGAUCAUGAUAUAUGGGUAAAUUUAACCCAAUCAAUAGUUAAAUCUAAAAAAAAAGUAUUGUAACUCAUUUUUGUGUUUAAAAUCAGUUUUUAGUAAAGUUUAAGAUUAGCUAAUCAAGUAUUUUUUAACUUAUCAUUCAUAUCAAUGAAAUCAUAAUUGAUUUAUUAAAUACUUAUGACUAAAGUCCAGACUUUUUGCAUUAAAUGCUAUAUUCAUUUUUAAAUUAUUGUAUUAAAUUGUUUAUUGUUCAUGAUUUUGUCUCAAAAUGAAACUGAAAAUAUCAUUAAGCUAUUAUCCAAGAUCUAUUUUAUAUAUAUUUUUGCAAGUUGUUUUAUACUUAUUG